UGGUGUCUGAUUGAUGUUUUGUGUGUCUACCUGCGAUUUUGAGCUCCGUUUCGAUUAGCGACAACGAGGGACGUUCUAUCUAGUAGUCGUCCGCUCUGCGACCGGCUCUCCUAUCAUUUCCUCUUUGUUGGGCGUUUCCUGCGCUUUUUCAAGCUUCUGUCUAUCGCCAACUCGUCCAUCGUAGGAUAAACAACAAACAACAUGGGGGAUUUUGAUAUGGACAUACUGCGUCGCAAAGUCGCCGAAGGUUUCGCGGAAGGAAAAAGGGUCAUCGAGGUACCGAGAAAAAGUGGCAUACCACUAAAGAUUGCCAUCGAUUUUAAUGGCUUUGCUGUGGAAGAGGAAGAUGACGGUGGCAGGAAGCUGGAUAAUUAUGAAGUUGCUCAAAGGUAUUAUCGUCUGAAACGAAGUCAACGCGAUUAUUUGUUGCAUGUCGCUAAAGUGCAUCUUCUGUCACCACUCCUGUUUGGUCAGAUCAAGUAUGCAGAGAAGUGGGAAAAGUUUGCAAGGCAAGUUGAUGUGCUACCAGCCAUGGGUAACGUGAUAAUUGAGAAGGAGCUUACACCAAGGAUGUUAGAGAGUUUGGACGAUCUUGAGUAUUCGUUUGACUGGUUCAAGAAGAAAGUGGAAAUGGGUGACAUUGCGACCUUUGAGAAAAUACUGACUUCAAUGGCAAUGGUUGGAAAGAUGACAAAUCACCAUACUGCUAUACAGGCUUCUCUUCAACACGACAUUCUUGUUAAAUGUGUGGCAGAUUUGAGAUCGAGACGAAAAGGGAGUGAGCAGCGGGCAAUAAUAUACUAUAGAACUGUAACACUGAUGAGUGCCAAAAUGAUAUGUUAUCUCGUCAAGAUGUUGUUCAAACAACGUAAAGACAUUCCCCGAGAGUUCAAGGCUUCAUGCGAAAGAGAUUCAGAGAGCAGUCAGCUGAUGAAGGAAGAUGGAAAUAAGAAAUUUACAGAUGGAGAUUACAGACUUGCUGUUCAUCAUUACACACUUGCUGUAGGCAAGGACCCUUUCAAUCCUGUGUUGUAUGGAAACAGAGCUCUCUGCUACUUGAAGAUGGGAGAAUACAAGUCAGCUCAGGCGGAUGGCAAACGUUGCAUUGUGGUGAAACCGGAAUGGGAUAAGGGUCAGCACAGGUAUGCUCAGGCAUUGUUUGAGCUUGGUCACUAUCGCGAGGCAAGGAAGGCCAACAACACUGCUCUGAAGUAUUAUAGUAGCAGCAAGAUAUUGGAAGAACAACGAAUAGUUUUUCAGGAGACGAAGAGUGGAGGUGCUAUUGAUCGUCUCGGUCCAAUUGUUAAGGCUGAUUAUGAAGUUGCUGUGAAAAAGGGGAAGUUGCCAAUAAUGCGAGGGAACAUUGACAUGCUUGGUGAAGAAGAUGCAGGCAAGACGACAUUAGGAGAUGCUUUUUUAAAUCUGCCAUUUAUAGAGAAGAGGGAAAGUACAGUAGGAGCAAACGUGAAAGUGAUGAGAAUGGGAGGCGGUCCAAACACGAACUGGAAGGAACUGAAACCAAGAGACAAAGAAGAGAUCAUUGAUCAAGUUCUUGUCAGAGGCUUUCUUGCAUCUGUUGAAAGCCAGCAACAAAUUGAGGCAACAGAGGAAACAAGGCAAGUGACACAAGAUGACAAUGAAGAGGAAGCUGUUGGACAGAUCAUCCAAGAAGCAGAACAGCAGCCAGCAGGUAGUACCAACACUGUAGCUUUACCAACAGCCAGACAAGCAACUAGUAAAGAAGGCAACUCGACAGAGUUGAGGAAGCCGCUACGUGAUUUGUUGUUUUCUAAAGAAUUAACCGAGGAGCAAGUAAAGUUAGCAGAGGAACUGCGUUGUGACAAAGCUGCAUUAGAAAAAAGUGAAAAGAUGAUGUUGAUUACAGUGUGUGAUCGCGGCGGUCAAGAGCAGUUUCUGAUGACACACGCAGCAUUGAUGGCAGACAACAGUCAGCACAGUGCAACCACUUACAUGAUAGUGAUGGAUGGAACAAAGAGUCUUGCCGAUCCCAUACCUCAAUGUUUGUUCCGACCAGAACAAGGAAGUGAGCAGUUGGUCAUGCCACGUUUUGGCCCUACGACGAGACGUGAGCUGUUGGCUUACCACAUGAAUGCCAUCAAGAUGGCACAUCCAGUAGUGGGUUGUGGUCCUUUUCUUGGUCAGAAUUAUGUCAAGCAAGCACCAGUUACAUUCGCAAUGUCCACACGAGAAGACAAGACAAAGGACAUGGAUAGAACAUUUCUAGAUCAACAGGAAACCAUAUUGCAAGACAUUGUACAGAAGAACAAGUUUGGUGGCCACAUGAUGUUGGCAGGAGAAAACCCAAACAAACUGACUUUUCGUGUUGACAACACACGAUCAGGCACUCGCAGUCCGGAUCCAGUGCUAAAGAAAGUGAAGGAGAUAUUUGUAGCAAUGGUGCGGUCACUGUGGAGUCAACGAGAUGCUAUUCCAUUGCCGUGGGCAGUUCUCGAUAAAUUGUUGAGCAGAGUGUCUCAACUGGAUGACAACGAAGGCAAAAUACUUGACAUCGAAGAAGUGUGUGAGUUGGCUCAAAAAUUCUGUGACAUUAUGACACAAAGAGAAUGUCAAUCGGCACUGCAGUAUUUAUCAAGUUUGAGCACAAUUGCAUUUUAUUCUGAUGUGAGUGAGUUAAAGGAGAAGGUCUUCACUGAUCGGCAGUGGCUGUUUGAUGUUCUCAAUGUUUUUGUUACUGUUCUCCAUAGGAGUAACAUUCCACCAGAACUUUGGGAAGAUCUGAAGAAAUUGAAGGAAGAAGGAAUGAUGUCAUGGUCAUUGGCUCAUUAUCUGCUGCUGAAGAAAGGUGUCAAGGAAAGUCAGUUUGAGCCCAUCUUGUACUUGCUGCAUCUAUUUGACGUCAUCUGUCCUAUGAUCACAUCAUCGGAGAUGCUGAAGGCUGUUAUGAAGGUUGGACACUCAUUCUUUGUUCCUUGCUUGCUGGAACAGAGAUAUGAUAACAAGUUGGCAUGGCAACAGCUGGCCGGCUCCACUCGAUUUCCUCCUUCUCUCAUAUUUCGUCCUGAUGGGUUUGACACAACUCCCGAGCCGAUCUACUUUCGCUUGGUGUCUCGUUGUGCCACUGAAUAUGCCCAUCCUCAUCCCAAACUAAAAAGAGGUCAUGCUGUCUUUCAUGUGGAUGAUGAUCUUGAGCUUGAUCUGGAACUGGUUUACCAUGAACUGCAUUACAUUAUUGCUACAGUAUAUUCUCCACGUCAAGUGUUUUCUCGUGAUGAGCUGAAACGUCAAUGUAGCAUCAUUCGUCAGUUUCUCAUUCAUCAGCUGAAUGAGUCCAAGAAACGAGGAUUGGAUGGCUUUAAGUUCACUAUUUGUGUUUGUGUUCCUUCAAGUGAAGCUGAAGAUACCCAAUCAAUAGAUGAUGAUUGUUUGGUGUGCAUUGAUAAAUAUCCAUCUCAACAGAGUUUGAUAAACCAGAAGAAUGAUCGUGUGUCACGAGAGCAAUUUCCCACUUUGGAUAUCUGGUUUAGUGACUCAAGGGAAAGUUUAGAUAUUGAAACUGGAAGUGAUAGACAACAACAAGAUGAGCAAACAACGAAAAGUGAAUCUGCUGAUUCAAGUGUGUCAACUCUAACAUCUGGAGUUUGUCAACAGUCACAAAUGUCUAAUCUUGAUGACGAGUUGAGUUCUCAGCUGUUAGUGAAAGUUGCUCAUAAAGUAUCUCACAGCUGGGAGGAAUUUGGGUCUCUUCUGUCAGCAGAUAUGUUUUCUACAAAGAGAACGGACGUCAUCACUGCUACAUACAGAAAGCCAUUCUUGUGUGCUAAAGCCAUGCUAGAAGAAUGGAGAGAGGCAAUGGGCACAAGAGCUACUUGUCACUUGAUUGUUAAAACACUUUUGGAGAUGGGCUUGAGGAAGGAGGCAUGUGAUAUAUUUGGGUCUGCUGUAGUAGAACUUAUUUAUCCAAACAAAUAAUUAAGGUAAUUAUGUGUCACGUGACUUUGAUUUAGGGACAUAUCUUUGUGUCAUUAUUUUUAAAUUUAUUUGUAAACGCGCUGUAAAGUAUAGCAAUGUGCUAUCAAUCGAAUUGAACAAUAAUAUCUGUAAACAAUAGUUUAACGAGAUUCUGUCUAACAUGAUAUACGUAUUACUGGAA